AUGUCGCGGGGGCACAAGCAGUCCUCGAGGAGGUGGAUCAGCUUCCGGGUCUCGGUGAUGCAGCUGGAGGUCUACAUCCAAACCCUUGGAUUCAAGAGCUUUCUUGAAACGGGCGAGCUGCUCCCAGAGGUCGCGCCACGCUGGAAGACUGGCAUCCCCGAGUUCGACAACGAGUGCUACCUGCUCGGUGCCAUAAGCAGCCUGAGGGAGUUGGAACGGUAUGCUGUGAAUCGUGGGCAGUCCCUCGAUCUUCGUUCGGUGAAGUUUUGCCUCGAGCUAGCGCAGACGAUGGAAGAGGCGUUGAUGCAGUUCAAUUUCAGGAAUAGUUCUUUGCGAGUCCGCUUCGAUGGGGUGAAGUACACGGUCAAGAAGCUGGAGUCGUUGGUCUACGAGAUCGACCUCGCAAGGCAGCGCGAUCCCUCAGCAAUCCUGACAGAGGAGAAAGUGCCAGCUGGGGACGAUGAGCUCCCUGCAGAUCCCAGCUCCGCUAGCGAUGCCCCACCAGCCUUGAACUUGGAGAUUAUUGGCGUCAUCAAGCUCGGGUACGAUGACUUCGAUGAGCGUCGGGAGCAGGUAAUGAAACAGUCGCGUGACGUUGUCAAAGCAGCAAAGAAUGCCAUCUACGCACUGCAUCGUUCAGAUGAGAAGAGAGCAGAUGAGCAGCUGCAGCUUUGUGCGCAGAAGGCCAACGGCAUCUACGCAUCGUUUGCUGCAGCCUCGCCCACAUUGCGAAUUGGAUUCUUCAGCGGCGCCUUGGAAGAGUUAGCCGAGGCACUCGCAUAUCGCGCCUUCCGGAUUGACGGCAAGCUGCUGAGCAUGGAAGAGAUGCAAGACAUCAGCGGCCUAGAAUUCCCUUUGCUCCUGGCCGAGUACUUGGGCGGCCUCAUGGACCUCACAGGAGAGGUUGGUCGACUUGCUGUACGGACCGCCAGCCGAGGUCGUCGCGGGAAGGAAUGCAUCGAAGACUGUCUGGCCUGCGUGCAGGCCGUUUACGACAGCGUUUCCCUGCUUCCGUUCUUGCCUGGAAGCUUGGGCAAGAAGAUGAGCCCUUUGAAGGGCACCUUGGGAAAGAUUGAGCAGGUGCUCUACGAGCUGGCUCUGCUCUCACAAGGCGUAUCCCUGAAACCGAGCGAAGAUGCUGACGAGUGA